UUCUCUUCAUUUAAUUAUCAUGUUCUUGUCUACAGAUCAUGCUAAGACUCAAGUCAUGUCCAAAAUACCAAAAGAUGGCACCAUGACUGAUUUAAUCCGUUCAAUUGCCACUGAUCAGAAGCAUGAAGCUGGACAACCAUUUUAUAUACUCGAUUUAGUCACAAUUGAGAAGGUUAUGGACAAAUGGAACCAUUCUUUUCCAAAUGUGAAGCCUUUCUAUGCUGUCAAAUGCAACAAUGAACCAGCUCUUCUUACUAAACUAGCCAAUUUGGGUGCUAAUUUUGAUUGUGCUAGCUUACUCGAGAUUGACACCGUCUUAAAUCUCGGAAUCAGCCCAAAUCAAAUCAUUUUUGCUAACCCUUGCAAGGCUGUUUCACACAUCAAGCAUGCAGCUGCUGUUGGGGUCAAUCUCACUACUUUUGACUCUAAGCUCGAAGUUGACAAGAUCAAAAAAUGGCACCCACAGUGCCAUUUACUGCUCCGGAUCAAAGCCCCUAGUGAUAGCGGUUCCUUGCGUCCCCUGGGGAAAAAAUUCGGAGCAUUGCCAGAAGAAAUUGAACCACUCCUGCAUUACGCUUGUAAGGUGGCUGGUUUAAAAGUUGUAGGCGUUACAUUUCACGUUGGAUCUAUUGCACAAGAUCCCACUAUUUAUCGCAAGGCGAUCGCCCAUGCUAAGUCUGUGUUUGAUGUAGCUGAUGAUCUUGGAAUUCCUAAAAUGCAAAUUCUAAACAUUGGUGGUGGGUUUAGAUCCACCCCGUUGUUCGAAGAAAUAGCUAGUGUAGUAAACGAAGCAGUCCAAGACUAUUUACCCGAUCUUAAUUUAACAAUAAUUGCAGAGCCUGGACGUUUCUUUCCUGAAACGGCUUUUACUUUAGUCACACAUGUGAUUGGUAAAAGAGUUAGAGGUGAGAAAAUAGAGUAUUGGAUUGACGAAGGGAUUUAUGGAUCAUUUAGGCCAACACUUUAUAACAGUUGCUUUGUGGGUAUCAAGCCAAUUUCAAUGAAAGCAUCAGAAGAAUGUUGUAAAAUAUGUGAAUCAUCGACUAUUUACGGACCAAGUUGUGACUCCCUUGAUGCAGUGGCCAUUGACAUACAAUUCCCUGAGCUAGAAUUAGAUGAUUUGAUUGUGUUCUAUAACAUGGGCGCAUACUCAAAUUGUGCAGCAACAAAGUUCAAUGGAUUUGACAUGUUAUCGACGCCUACCUAUAUUGUUAGCACCAAUUCUACCUAAGAAUAAAACAGACGUGCAAAGAAAAGUUGUAUGAUAGAGACCUUGUUUUUUUCUGUUUGUUGCAUCUACAAAUGAAUAUGCCAGGUUUAUAAUACUUACCUGGUGUUAAUUUGCAAUUUAA